AUGUACUUCGAAGGAUCGAAUACAACUAAUUUCAAUGAGACUAAGCUCAGAACAGCCAUUGAGAAGUAUGACAUAGACAUGUCGAUGAAGCCAACUACCUAUCGUGAAAAGCGCUGGAACCUGUGGGGAGCACUCUACUAUGCUGGAACUCUCUAUACCACCAUCGGUUAUGGCGAUAUGGCUGCUGUGACGACAUGGGGACGAAUAUUCACCGUGAUUUACGCGAUGAUCGGUAUUCCGCUGGUGAUCACUAUUCUUAAUGACUGGGGAACCAUGAUGUUCUACGUUGUGGAUGUGCUCGUAUUCUGGAUAGUGCUAUGCUCUGCUGUGUUCGUCUUCUUCGAGAAAUGGACGUUUUUCGAGUCACUAUACUUCUUCAUUAUAUCACUCACUACUAUUGGACUCGGUGAUCUGACUCUGAGUCACAAUGUGGCUCUAGCGAACUUUCUGCCAAUUCUGAUCGGCUUGUCAGUGUGUUCGAUGGCAAUUAAUGUAACACAGAUGCAACUCGAGAUUCUUUUUGGAAAAAUAGUCAAAUUAAUUGAUACUGAUUUCAAAACCAAACUCAGCGAGAGUGACGAUGAAAAGAAGAAGUCUGAUGAUGAAGCUAAAGGUGGUGACAUGCAGCCCGUCUUAUCGAAAAUCCGGCGAAGGAAAGGUAUUACUAUAGAAAAGGUUUAA